UAAAUAAAAGGUUAAUCAAAGUGCUGCUGCUACUAUCGAACAAACUUUAUUCUGAGUGUACACACACUGAUACUUCUACUGUGUGAAAAAAAUCAAGCGUACAACUAAAGUAGAAGUCUCUUUUUAUAGUAGACAAGUAGUUAUUGGCUCUGCAGCUCUUCAUGGUCUCUCUCUUUUCUCUCUUUCAUGUAGAAGUCGAUGAAAUCAGUCGUUUUGAGGCUAAAUAUUGUGAUUGAGUGAAAAGGGGUGAGCUUUAGUUAGAAGAAGAUGGCGUCGCCGCAUGCUGCUGAGGAGAGGGCGGCGGCGAGGUCCCUCAGCCGUGGAUCAGCCAGCAGGCGGAUCAGCUUCGCCUCGGUGAGCACGAGGAGUUGGGCUUCGGCUAGUGUGAGGGAGGUUUUCACUGCACCGGGGCAGGAUGCUUUCCAGAAGAGUGGGAGGGAGUAUGAUGAUCAAGAUGAGCUCAUGUGGGCGGCCAUUGAGAGGAUGCCGACGUAUGAUCGGACGAGGAAAGGGAUCUUGAAGCAAGUUAUGGAAGAUGGGAAGGUUGUGAGGGAGGAGGUUGAUUUUGCCAAUAUGGGGGUUCAAGAAAAGAAGCACCUCAUGGAUAGUAUACUUAAAACGGUUGAUGAUGAUAAUGAGAGGUUUCUGCAGAGGGUGAGAGAAAGGACUGAUAGGGUUGGAAUUGAGGUUCCAAAAGUAGAAGUUCGCUAUGAGCAUUUGUCCGUUGAUGGAGAUACAUAUGUUGGAUCGAGGGCGCUUCCAACUCUGUGGAACUCUACACUGAAUAUGUUGGAGGGAAUUUUUGAAAAAAUUAAGAUUAUUCCUUCAAAGAGAAAGUCUAUCAAGAUACUGCAUGAUGUCAGCGGAAUUGUGAGACCUGCAAGGAUGACACUACUUCUUGGACCUCCGGGCUCUGGGAAGACGAUAUUGCUCAAAGCUCUUGCCGGGAAGCUGGAGGAAGAUCUUAGGGUAAGCGGAAGAAUCACUUACUGUGGACACGAACUGUCAGAGUUCGUUCCUCAGAGGACUUGCUCCUAUAUCAGCCAGCACGAUCUUCACCACGGGGAGAUGACUGUCAGGGAGACAUUAGACUUCUCAGGACGUUGCUUGGGAGUUGGAACCAGAUACGACCUCCUUGUAGAGCUGUCCAGGCGAGAAAAGCAGGCGGGGAUCAAGCCCGACCCUGAGAUAGAUGCAUUCAUGAAAGCCACUGCAGUUGCUGGCCAAGAAUCCAGUCUAGUAACUGACUAUGUUCUCAAGAUUCUUGGAUUAGACAUUUGUGCUGAUAUAUUGGUGGGAGAUGAGAUGAGAAGAGGGAUAUCUGGUGGGCAGAAGAAGCGGCUCACAACUGGUGAGUUUUUGGUCGGGCCAGCAAAAGUUUUCUACAUGGACGAGAUCUCAACCGGUCUAGACAGCUCAACGACGUUUCAAAUUGUCAAGUACAUGAGACAGAUGGUUCAUGUGAUGGAUGUGACAAUGAUAAUAUCUCUCCUCCAGCCUGCACCAGAGACAUUUGAGCUCUUUGAUGACAUUAUCCUGCUUUCAGAAGGGCAGAUUGUCUAUCAAGGCCCUCGUGAGAACAUCCUUGAGUUCUUUGAGAGCGUUGGAUUCAAGUGUCCGGAUAGAAAGGGCGUGGCAGACUUUCUACAGGAAGUCACUUCAGCAAAGGAUCAAGAGCAGUACUGGUGCAAGAAAGGCGAGCCUUACCAAUAUGUCUCUGUGGCUGAGUUUGUGGAACGCUUCAGCACUUUCCACAUCGGGCAGAAGAUCUUUGACGAGCUUGCAGUCCCUUAUGACAGAACUAAAACCCAUCCUGCUGCGUUGGUCACUGAGAAAUAUGGUAUAUCCAACAUGGAGCUCUUCAAGGCAAGCUUGUCGAGGGAGUGGCUUCUGAUAAAACGAAAUGCUUUCUUGUACGCGUUUAAGACAUUUCAGAUAACCGUGAUGUCAUUAAUUACUUUCACGGUGUUCUUUAGAACAGAGAUGAAGUCUGGCCAGCUAGUUGAUGGUGGGAAAUUUUAUGGAGCACUUUUUUUCAGCCUCAUCAAUGUGAUGUUUAAUGGCACAGCUGAGCUUGCUCUUACAGUUCUUCGACUUCCUGUGUUCUUCAAGCAAAGGGAUGCUCUGUUCUACCCUGCUUGGGCUUUUUCUUUGCCAAUCUGGGUACUUAGAAUCCCCCUUUCUAUUAUGGAAUCAUUGAUAUGGAUUGUUCUUACCUAUUACACUAUUGGAUUUGCUCCUGCACCUAGUAGGUUCUUCCGCCAGUUUCUGGCAUUUCUCGCAUUGCAUCAGAUGGCCUUAUCGCUAUUCAGAUUCAUUGGUGCACUUGGAAGAACACAGGUUGUUGCAAACACUUUGGGCACGUUCACUUUGCUAAUGGUAUUUGUUCUUGGUGGUUUUAUCAUUGCAAAAGACGACAUUGAGCCGUGGAUGAUCUGGGGCUUUUACGUUUCUCCUAUGAUGUACGGUCAGAACGCUGUGGCCAUCAACGAGUUUCUGGAUGAAAGAUGGAGCACUCCAAACACGGAUGCGAGGUUUGCUGAACCAACAGUUGGCAAAGUUCUUCUCAAGAUGAGGGGCAUGUAUGUUGAGGAUUAUAUGUACUGGAUAUGCGUCAUUGCUCUCUUCGCCUUCUCUAUUCUCUUCAACCUCUGCUUCAUUGCGGCACUGACUUACCUACAGCCCUUUGGAGAUUCGAAAUCUCUUAUCCCGGAUGAGAAUGCCAAUAAGAAGAAGAAGAAUCCUUUAUCUGAUGGAAGCUCAACUUCUGCAGCUCCCGUUGUUGAAGGAAAAGAGAUGAUUGCUAGGAAUAGCUUUCCUAUGGAUGGAUCGAGAAAAGGAAUGGUGCUCCCGUUCACCCCAUUGUCACUAGCAUUCCAUCACGUGAACUACUACGUUGAUAUGCCUGCUGGAAUGAAGAAGGCCGGGGUUGAAGAGACGCGUCUGCAACUGUUGAGAGACGUGAGUGGGGCGUUCAGGCCAGGCGUGCUGACAGCAUUAGUGGGUGUGAGUGGGGCGGGCAAGACCACGUUAAUGGAUGUGUUGGCCGGAAGAAAAACAGGCGGAUACAUCGAAGGAAGUAUCAGCAUCUCUGGUUACCCCAAAAACCAAUCAACUUUUGCUCGUGUCAGCGGCUACUGUGAGCAGACAGACAUCCAUUCUCCACAUGUCACCGUCUAUGAAUCCGUUGUCUACUCUGCCUGGCUGCGUCUCUCUCCAGAUGUAAACAAGGAAACACGCAAGAUGUUUGUUGAGGAAGUGAUGGAUUUGAUUGAGUUGAAUCCUCUGAGGAAUGCCUUGGUUGGGCUUCCCGGAGUGGACGGUCUGUCGACUGAGCAGAGAAAGAGACUGACCAUAGCAGUGGAGCUGGUUGCCAAUCCAUCCAUAAUCUUCAUGGACGAGCCUACAUCGGGGCUGGAUGCACGAGCUGCUGCUAUUGUGAUGCGAACUGUGCGCAACACGGUGGAUACUGGACGGACCGUUGUCUGCACCAUCCACCAGCCCAGCAUAGAUAUCUUUGAAGCCUUUGAUGAGCUAUUGUUGAUGAAGAGAGGAGGGCAGGUGAUUUAUGGAGGGCCUCUUGGCCAUCACUCUCGCUUGUUGGUGGAAUACUUUCAAUCUGUGCCUGGGGUGCCUGAGAUCAAAGAAGGCUACAAUCCAGCUACUUGGAUGUUGGAUGUCACCACUCCUUCCAUGGAAGCUCAACUCAACGUCGACUUUGCUGAAAUUUACUCCAAAUCUGAGCUGUACCGGAGGAAUGAACAACUCAUCAAAGAGCUGAGUAGUCCAGCACCGGGUUCAGAAGAUCUGCAUUUCCCGACCCAAUACGCGCAGUCCUUCUUUGUUCAGUGCAGAGCUUGCUUCUGGAAGCAGAACUUGUCUUAUUGGAGGAACCCUCAAUAUAAUGCCAUCAGAUUCUUCAUGACAGCACUCAUCGGUGUCAUAUUCGGGGUCAUAUUCUGGAACAAGGGGGAGCAACUGUCGAAGCAGCAAGACCUGAUGAACCUGCUGGGAGCCAUGUACUCUGCAGUGAUGUUUCUUGGUGGCACGAAUACGUCUGCUGUCCAGUCCGUGGUGGCCGUGGAGAGGACUGUGUUCUACCGCGAGAAGGCAGCAGGGAUGUACUCGCCGUUGCCCUAUGCAUUCGCACAGGUGGCAAUCGAGACACUCUAUGUGUCGGUCCAGACCUUAAUAUACAGCCUCAUCCUGUAUUCCAUGAUUGGCUUCCACUGGAGCGCGGACAAGUUCUUCUGGUUCUAUUUCUUCGUCUUCAUGUGCUUCGUCUACUUCACCUCGUACGGGAUGAUGCUCGUUGCCCUCACCCCCAACUACAUGAUUGCUGCCAUCGUCAUGUCCUUCUUCCUCAGCUUCUGGAAUCUCUUCUCCGGCUACCUCAUCCCAAGAACGCAAAUUCCCAUAUGGUGGAGAUGGUAUUACUGGGCCUCUCCGGUGGCGUGGACGAUAUACGGGCUCAUCACGUCUCAGGUGGGUGACAUGGACCAAGGGAUGGUGGUGCCCGGGUUCGAUGAGCUGGUUCCGGUGAAGGAGUUUCUGGAAGGUUACCUAGGAUUCAGGUAUGACUUCCUAGGUGUAGUGGCUGCUGCACAUGUUGCCUGGGCGAUCCUCUUCUGCCUCGUUUUCGCCUACGGGAUUAAGUUCCUCAACUUCCAAAGGAGGUGAAGGGAUUGCUCAACAUCUACAAGUGUAAAGAAUACACAUUUUUUAUACACACUUUGUUUUGCCAGAUUUCUCAACACUUUUUCAUGUAAAGACGACACUUGAUAAUUGGUCUUUUUGUGAGUUGAAUGUUGUAAACUUGUAUUAUGUGUU